CAGCUGAUCGAAGAGUACGUGCGGCAGAUGGCCGCUUGCGAGUGUGACGUGUUUAGUUCGAGUGUACCUUUGUUUACGAUCAUUUGAACGCACAACGAUAACGACGUUAUACGCGGAUAAGGAGAUAUUGCUGAAGAUGGAGCCGCAGGAUAUUUAUUACAACAAAGCGGAAUACGUCGAGACGGCAUCGGGGAACAAGGUGAGCAGACUGACGGUCCUGUGCGGCUCGCAGAACAUCGUAUUACACGGAAAAGUGAUAGUACAGUCCGACGCAAUAAUCAGGGGCGACCUGGCGAACGUGAGAACCGGUCGUUAUUGUAUCAUCAGCAAAAAUGCGGUCAUCCGACCACCCUUCAAAAAGUUCAGCAGGGGGGUCGCUUUCUUUCCCCUCUCGAUGGGCAAUCACGUGUUUGUGGGGGAGCGGGCGGUGGUAAACGCAGCGCUGGUCGGCUCGUACGUUUACAUAGGGAAGAACGCCAUAAUUGGCAGGCGGUCUGUCCUCAAAGACUGUUGCUACAUCGAGGACGGCGCGGUCGUGCCACCGGAGACUAUCGUGCCGUCUUUCACUCGUUUCGCCGGCAGCCCGGCGACGUGCGUCGAGGAGCUGCCCGAGUGCACGGUGGAUCUCAUGACGGACUUCACAAAGAACUAUUACGAGCAUUUCUUGCCGGCGCGGGUCUAACGCACGCCUCGUGCUCCGAUGCUCGGAGACGCAUUCACGGAUACACCGAAGGUUUACUCGUCGUAAGAUCUCCACGCGUUUGUGCGAUUUCCCGUUCGAGCUGAAGGAAGGCGCAACAUUCGUCGAGGAAGGUUUCGAGGAGAUGUUUCGUUAUUUGUGGUGCAUCUUGCUCGCAUUUAUUUCAACGCAAUUCAGUCUCGUUAUCAAUGCCGAGAAUGACAAUAGAGUCUGAUCGCCUACUUGCUCGUUCUUCGAACGAGCGGGAUUACUAACUGUGUAAUAUAACUUGUCAGUGUGCUGAUUGUUUUGCACUACUAUUAAAGUACGUUAAAGCGACGACGCGGAUCGUCUCGUCCUUGUCGCGCGAAUAUGCGGUAACCGCGCUCGCCGGCUCGGGGUAAUAAAGUUUCCUUCGUUCC